UUGUGAUCAUGUCGAUCGCGGGACGCGGGCUGUCAUAUGAUGGAAUUAUGUAUUCCGAAUUAGUUUGAAAUAGUUGAAAAUGAUCUGAAAUGUUAAAUGAGAUUGCCAAGCGGAUGCUCGAGCACUCAAACAUGGCACACUAUUCGAUAUACAUGAAUUAUGUGAUUGUUGAAUGGAGCAAUAAAUGAAUCCGAAUAAAAUAGUAUUAUUGUUAUGAUUUUCUAGCCACACACGCACACACGAUUCAUCGCAGUUGGGAUUUUUGUGUGCAUUCGUGCAAAAUAUAAUAAUGGCUUAAAAGUUAUCGUUAACAUUAUUACUGAUUUUUCACAGCGAUAACAUUAUUAGGCUUCUACAAAAGAUGAACAAAAAGGUAGUCACGGCGUUUUACUUGACGCUAAACAUAGCCUUCUCAAUUAUAAUUGUGCUUCUCAACAAAUGGCUCUACGUUCAUACCCGCUUUCCGAAUAUCACGCUGUCCAUGAUACACUUCUUUAUGACGUUCAUCGGCUUGAUAAUUUGCGAAAAGCUGGAUGUCUUUUGUAUUAAAAGUAUUGACAUCAAAGAGAUGAUAUUUAUUGCCAUGACAUUUUGUGGAUUUGUCGUUCUAACGAAUCUGAGUUUGGCCCACAACACAGUUGGGACCUAUCAGGUGGCAAAAAUGCUAACGACACCCUGCGUGAUAGUAAUGCAGAUGAUAUUUUAUAAAAAGCGUUUUGGCAUACUUGUUAAACUGACCCUGAUACCGAUUACACUGGGAGUUAUAAUUAAUUUUUAUUAUGACAUACAAUUCAACAUUAUUGGAACCAUUUAUGCAUCACUGGGAGUAUUUGUAACGUCUCUAUAUCAAGUUAUGAUAAACAGAAAGCAGAAAGAGUUUCAGAUGGAUCCAAUGCAGUUGUUGUACUAUCAAGCACCAUUAUCUGCUGUUAUGCUGUUGAUUGUAGUCCCGCUUUUGGAGCCUAUUGGACAGACAUUCAUGCACAAGUGGUCAUUGUUGGAUAUAGUCAUGGUGAUACUAUCAGGUAUCGUUGCCUUCUUUGUAAAUUUAACUUCUUACUGGAUUAUAGGAAAGACCUCACCUUUAACAUAUAAUAUGGUUGGACAUUCCAAAUUCUGCCUUCUGCUGCUGGGAGGCUCAUUACUUUUCCACGAAACAUUAGCGAUAAAUCAAGUUAUAGGUAUAACUUUAACAUUAGUGGGAAUUAUAUUAUAUGCCCACGUCAAAAUGAAAGACAACCAGAUGGUAGUACCAGAAUUUGAAGAUGGAGAAACAAAGCCUCUAUAUAAAGUAUGAUUCUGUUUUAUGCUAAGAUAGACUCGAAGGAAUUGAAAAAGUAAAUCGCAGUACUUAAUAAUGUAUAAAUUUUAUAAAUCACACUGAAAUGUA